AUGGAGCCUGAGACUCGAGCCACUUCCUUUGAGAAGGAUGCCCCCAAGACAAAGGACAAUGCUCCAAAGGGCAAGACCAGAAGCAAUUCACUCUUCUCCAUCAGCUCUGGCUUCACUUUCUUUGCUCUUCCUGGAGGAACUAGCUCCUCGUCUUUCAGUCUUGACUUCAAAAUACUCGGUACAGACUUUGCAGACGAAUUCUACGAAAUUUUAUUCAACGACCUCUUUGCCCAGAUCUUCGCCGUCGCUCAUUCAGCCUUUCAUCCUGGCGACGUCUCUAAACCCCCUCGGACUUCUCUUUGGUUGAGAGAGUACCCGGAGGAAUUUCUCAAAUAUGUCGAGCUUGUCGCUUACCCUGAUGCACGCGCAGGGGCGUGGGGUAGACUUCUUAGUGAUGGAAACGAGAGAGUGAACCUGAUUAUCGCAAUCAUUUACCAGGUACUCGACAAGAAAGUGUUCUCGCCGUUGCUAUUUGGAGCUAGUUCGGGACAUGAUGAAGCACUAAAGAAGAUCGAUACUGCACUCAUCAAUGUAGAAGGAUUCCAACGAAGUAGCCUUCGCUCCCAUACCACCCGAACGUGGCUCCGAAUGUCCAAUGGAGAACCUCCCCGAUUUUGGGAAGAGGUUGAUAAGUUGUGCACCCAGACGAUGGCCAUGUUACUUCCUUUCUUCACCUACACGAAAGGGGCCACCAACUCCGACUCUAUCCCCACAUCAGAGCUGUACCAGCUAUAUCAAGCACUGCAUGAUGUAAUUGCAUUUGCCGGUUGGGUCAGUGUAUGCAUACGCAUGUCGCCUGCUAUCGUCUCAUGGGAUUGGACCCUCCCUGGAGAACCGUUCUCAAUGGACCUCGUCAACCACUGUCACGAGGCAUACGAAGCCUCAAAGAGGGCAGCGCAUGAUUACCAUGCGCGUCUCGGCAACUUCAGUUCCCAUGAGAAGACUUUUGCGUCACCUGCCAGAGUCAAGAUCUCAGUGACACCUCGCAUCGUUCGUCACAAGCCCAACCCAAAGUCAAUGGCAACCCAGGGUGUCAACUCUUACACGUUGAUGGAGCCCCACGUGGUAUACUACGAAGGAUUCUACAACAAGACGGAUGAGAGUAGAGCGUUCAUUAGUCUUCACGAUUACAUACAGAUGCUGCGGGAUCGGAAUUGUGUUCCACGUUAUACUGCAGUUUCCAUUAUUGCUGUUGUGCUGUUUUUCCUCUUCAUUUGGUUGGUUUGGUAUUCUUCCUUGGUUGAGCAACUAUGGCAUGUGGUGCAGCCUUUGGUACAGUUGGGACAAGAUAAUGGGCCUUGGGUGAUGGAGGACGUCACAGACACUACACUCACUAGCACUCCUACAAUGUCUGGUUAUAUAUAG